AUGGGCAAGAAAGCUGCUGUGGAAGAGGACGAGAGGAAGCUCCGGAUUGCCAUCGUCAGCACGGACCGAUGCAAACCCAAGAAGUGUAAGCAGGAAUGCAAAAAGUAUUGCCCGGUGGUGCGGACAGGAAAGCUUUGUGUGGAGGUCAGCAAGGAUUCCAAAAUCAGCUGGAUUUCCGAAUCGUUGUGCAUCGGUUGCGGUAUAUGUGUGAAGAAGUGCCCGUUCGAGGCCAUCAAUAUCAUCAACCUGCCGAAGGAUCUUUCAAGUCACACAACGCAUCGAUAUGGAGCGAACAGCUUCAAGCUCCAUCGUCUUCCGACACCACGCGCAGGACAGGUGUUGGGGCUUGUGGGAACAAACGGCAUUGGCAAGUCCACGGCUCUGACAGUGCUAGCUGGGAAGUUGAAGCCGAACCUGGGCCGAUUUGACAAUCCUCCAGAUUGGCAAGAAAUCAUCCAGCACUUCAGAGGAAGCGAGCUGCAGACGUACAUUAAGGGCCUCCUUGAAGAUCGUCUGAAGGCGAUGAUCAAGCCCCAGUACGUCGACAAGAUUUCAAAGCAGAUCGCCGGCACGGUCUCAGACAUUCUGGGCAAGAAGGAUGAAAAGAAGUCUCAGGAGAAGUUUUGUCAAGAGCUCGAGCUCAUGCACUUGCAGGAACGCGAGAUCAAAGACCUUUCCGGUGGAGAACUUCAGCGGUUUGCCAUCGCAGUUCUAUGUGUGCAAGAUGCGCAAGUGUACAUGUUCGAUGAGCCGUCUUCAUAUCUGGAUGUCCGGCAACGCAUUGCUGCGGCACAGGUCAUCCGAAGCCUGCAGACGGUGGACAACUACAUUAUUGUGGUGGAGCACGACCUAGCCGUCUUAGAUUACCUCUCCGACUUCAUCUGCUGCCUGUGGGGUUCUGCUGGGGCCUACGGAGUCGUUACCAUGCCCUUCAGCGUUCGCGAAGGCAUCAACGUCUUCCUCGAUGGCUUCAUUCCGACGGAGAACCUGAGAUUUCGAGAGGUUUCCCUGACGUUUAAAGUCAGCGAAGACCUGGAUCCUUCAAAGCUGGAUCGCAUGCACAACACGGAGUACCCAGACAUGACCAAGUUGAUGGGCGACUUCAGACUAGACAUCAAGGCAGGAAACUUUGCGUCUUCAGAGAUACUCGUCCUAUUGGGCCAGAAUGGCUGUGGGAAGACCACUUUCAUCCGAAUGCUGGCGGGGUUGUUGAAUCCGGAUGACAUCAAAGAAGGUGAGGAGAUACCGAAGCUUAAUGUCUCCUACAAACCACAAACGAUCAGUGCAAAGUUCGAAGGCACUGUGAAGGACCUUUUCCUCAUGAAGAUUCGGGAUGCGUUCAUGCAUCCGCAAUUCCAGACGGAUGUCACGAAGCCAAUGCUCAUUGACCAGAUCGCCGACCACGAGGUGCAGACUCUCAGCGGCGGCGAGCUACAACGAGUCGCACUUGUACUGUCUCUCGGCAAGCCG